GUUGGUAAUAAUCACGAACGCGAAGGUUAUCUAUGCUUACGCGGGUCUUUUUAGAAUACGUAAACAAACAAGGGAAACAGGAAAACGACGCCAAUAGUAUGACAAAAUGGAAGUUCUGGCUACAGCAUCUCAUGAAGAAUUCAUUACCAAGGUUAAAAAUGUUGAAGAUCAGUGUUAUGCCCCCACCAUACCCAAAUUGCCACUUAAGGGCAAUGAAGCAGUUCAGGAAGGAGGUUAUGGCAUAUGCAAAAAGACACAGGGCAGUGUUGAACCUGAUCCAGAACAGACUUUGGUGGAUUCCACUCAUCAGUCCCCUUGCAGUAAUGCAUUAUCUUUAGGGGAAGCUGCAGUAAAGAAUACUACAAUGGAACGUGACCAGAAUCAGAUACAUUAUCUUCUGACAAAGUUACCUCCACUGGCAGAUAAUUUUCAUAUACAUCAGAAAGUAGGAGAGGGCACAUUUAGCUCUGUGUUCCUUGGCACACUCAAGAAUACUAAUCCAAAUAGUAAACACAUAGCUCGGAAAUUUGCUAUCAAGCAUUUGGUACCAACAAGUCUGUCAUCACGUACUGAACGGGAACUACAAUGUUUGCAGGAUAUAGGGGGUUCAGACAAUGUGAUUGGUAUUGACUUAUGUUUGCGCCAGGAUGAUUGUGUGGUGUUCAUCAUGCCAUACCUUCCUCACAAGAGGUUUAGUGACUAUGUGCAAGACAUGAGCAUAGCAGAGACACGUGAUUAUAUGUUGAACUUGUUUAUUGCAUUGCGCAGAGUUCACUCUUUCAAUAUUAUUCAUCGAGAUAUCAAGCCCAGUAAUUUUCUGUAUGAUCGUGAAAAUAAGAAGUUUUUACUGGUUGACUUUGGCCUAGCCCAAUGUGUAACUACUGAUAUUGGAACAGUUACCAUUCCUUCUGAAACGACUGUACAUUUAAAAAAAAGAAAGCGUGAAGAGGAUGACAAGAACACAAAUAUAUCUACAUGCACAGACACUCCAGAUUUUCAGAAGAAAAAGAGAAUGGCUUUACAACCACGUACAAAUGACAGCAACUUCAUGAACAUUUCCAGGAAUGACAAAUCAAAUGGUUAUAAUGUCUCAGAGACGAAAGACAGCAUUAAGAAUUCUGUUCCAGAGAAUGAUGUUCAUAAACUUGGUCUGUCUCCUUUGAGGAGUAAGGUUCUUCAUAGAAAGAAUGAGAACACACCACCACACAGCAAAAUGACCCCAAAACAUAAGAUGCUGCAUGCUGAGGGUAUUCGCUCUCCACUGCAAGAUAGUCGCUUGAAUAUAAAACAAAAUGCCAUCAAGAAGAAGCUAUUCUCAGCUGGCUCCCCAAGGAUGAACAGCAGUACCCAGUUAGAUGGACCUAAAUUUCAGAUUCUUGCCCCGCAGACACCCAGUGGACCUAGCUUUGUACGGGUGCAAAAUUCACAGGUGAAAUCUCAUCUAUUAAAUCCAUCAUUAUCAUCGCAGCACCAGCAGCAACAGAGAAAUCUCGUGUUUUCGAAGCCUCCGCCUGUGAAGCAGAUGCGUCCCAAGACACCAGUGACUCAACAGUGCCAUUGUUAUGGCAAGCCACAAGUUUGCUCUGUAUGCAUGGUUCGCAAAGUGCAGGCAGCUCCAAGGGCAGGCACCCCAGGCUUCAGACCUCCGGAGGUGCUACUCAAAUAUCCUCUGCAGACAACAGCUGUUGACAUGUGGGCUGCUGGAAUCAUCCUGCUGUGCAUUCUCAGCGGCUGCUAUCCUUUCUUCCGUUCGCCUGACGAUCUGAGUGCCCUGGCAGAGAUCAUGUCUGUGUUUGGUACAGAGGGAAUAAAGAAACUUGCUGUUAAACUGGGCCGCUUGGUAACCUGCAGUGUGGAAAAGAAAGCAUUGAAUUUAAGAAAGCUGUGUGAGCGUCUGCGUCGUCACCGAAAAGAAGGGAGGCCAGGCAAACCUCCGGGAGCCCCUGUCUGUUCAGAGUGCUUGCAGGUUAUAGAUGAGUUAGAUGGAUGUCUGUGCCUUUUACCCACUGAUACUUAUGAUUCACCACAAUCUUCAGAGGGCACCAAUACUAAUUCAGAGACGGAAUAUCCGAGCUCUGCAUACCACCUUCUGGAACGACUUCUGGAUUUGAAUCCUGAAACGAGGAUUACGGCAUCAGAAGCACUGGAGCAUCCGUUUGUAAAUGGCUGGUAGUACUGUAGUUUUAGAGAUCAAAUAAGGAUAAGUAAAAGUUAAAAGUGGCUGGCUUAAUUAAUUAUUAAUAAUAAUGAAGAUAUAUUAUAAUUCAGUAAAAUAUGUAUUGUGUGGCCUGGAAAUCAUAGCAGUUAUUUCAAAGCUUGAAAGAUGCCAAUUGAAACAUGUUUGGUUAAAUAAAUGCAUUUAUGAAACAAAAUCUUAGAAUUUUGUUUUAAUUUAUAACAUUUUACUUCUUGAAAGAGAAUGUAACAUGUGAAACUGAGACGAGUUGAUAAUUCAGAGAUGGAAAGCCAGUUUUCUGCCACAUGGUGAACUUCAUCUGUAGUUGAUACAUGCAAGUGCCACAACGAACAUCAUGGAUUUCUUUGUAGGCAAAGGUUCAUUGGAGAUUAGGACUGAAUGGGUUAAAGUAACUUCGAACCUAGAAUUAAUAUACUCGAGUCCUAAGAAUUUAAGAUUUUGUCUGUACUAAAAACAAUCAGUCCAAUAUGUUGUACUGUGAUGCUGAUGUUCCUUGUAUUGAAUGCUGUGAAGCUUCUUGUCCAAUAUUACAGAGGUGAAGAGAAUGGAUCUUGAAAAUCUCUGUUCACUUUUUCUGCUAAGUUCUAGAAUGCAUGGAGCUCUUCCUGCACAUCUUCGUAUCAUAGUGCUUGUACACAGUGGCAGUUUUGCCAUUUUUCACAUAGUAAUUGAUCAUUUAUGUUAAUAAAACUGAAAAAUUAACUAUUGAAUUUUAUUGCGAUCUCAAAAUAGCUGUAGCAUUAUCUAAAAUGUCAAGCACUCCUUGGCAUUCAUAUGUUGUAUGUUAUUCUUUCUUAUUUAAAAAUUUAAAAUGAAACAAGUUAUAAAAUAAUUCUGAAUUUAAAUCUGUAUUUAUUAUGUGAUUAACUAUAGAGAUAUAGGCAGUUUUUACAGAAAUGCGGAUUCAUUUAAUUUGCAAGUACUGAAUAUAAUUCUGUGAAUUUGGAAACUAGGUAGAAACGAAUUAAUUAUUCUCGCAUUAUAUAGUAACAAUUACCUGCUGCUGUGUUUUGUUAAGUUUUCUUUUAGUGAAAUAUUCAUUAUUAAACAGGUUAUGCUACUCCUUAGUCCGUCUUGAGGAAAGAGCUCUAGUCAAGAAAUUUACUGCCUUCUAUGGGACAUAAAGGUUUAUCACAAUGUUCACAAGGGCCCAAUAUCAGGUUAUUCUGUGGAACACUGAUUAUUAAUAGUGUUUGACCAUGUUGCAGUAAUUAUAAUUCUUAUAAAAUCCUGAUAACAAGGUUUUACAAUCAGACAAAUAGCAAUUAUACAUGAUAUAUGUAGAAUAUUAUUGCUAUUGGGGCCUCCAGAUUAAUUCGGAUGAUUGAUUUUUCCACUUUCAUUGCAUGAUUUUAAUAAAGCUCAUUGAAUAAAUGACUGUUCCUUAAUAAAUAUUUAUUUAUGUAUGCAAUAUGUUCAUGGACUGAAUGCACAGGGUUCAAGAUUAAGGUGGUUUUUGUGAGAAGCCGUGUUUACAGAUGUAAUAAUUUUCAAUUAGAAUGUGGACUGUGCAUAUGGAUACUAAAAUCAAACAUUUUCCCAUUCUUUUGAAAAUAAAAUUCUAGACUUGUGAUCAGGUUAUUUGACUUCACUUCCUUUCAAAUUUCACAUGGAUACACAGUAAUAGUGCCACUUAUUACAGAACCCUAGCAUGAUCUACCUAAAAAAAAUUACUUUUGGAUUAUGAUUUCAGUCUUCCCAGGGAAGUCAAAUUGAAACUAAAUUUGCAGAUCUUUUUUUUUUUAUUAUUUUUUUUAUAAUCAGGGUCAAUAACUUAUUAUCUCAGUGAACUGAAAAGAAAAAGAUUAGUAAUGGUUUACAGAUAGAAGAAAGUUCUUUUUAAUAAUAUUUGAGAAACAUCUUUGCUGAAAUAGUUAAGGAAUAUGAAAUAAAUCUAUAAUCCUCAAUACACCAUUGCAUUUCAAAAAAAGAGCUUUGUUAUGAACUAUGAAACAUUGCAAAUUUUAAAAAAUACUGUAUUUUCCCAAUCUUCUAGCAAAUGUUCUGCAGAAUGCAAAAUACAUAGUCCUUUCCCAAGGCUGGUUUGGGGAAAAGAUUUUCAAAUCCACUGUCGACAGAAAAUGAUCAUGUUAUGUCCCAGUUGUGCUUAGCGUAUGCUUUUUACGCAUUUUUGUCAAAUGUUCCAUAGUACACACUGUCUUCAGCAUGUAUGCUUGUAUGUCUGUAAGACCUGAGCUCCGAGUAGCUGCAUUUUGGUUAAGCUUUUCAUAUCCUGAUGAUUCAUAUAAUCAACCAGCUCUAAAAGUUAUCAACCAAAUUACUUUUUGAUUGGCACUGGUCUGUCACUGUUGCAAACACAUGGAAGUUGAAAAAUGAGACUCUCUGUGACAUGAUGUAUGCUUUUAACAUUAAUUUGUAACAUUUGGGUUUGAAUUUUGUUGUUAUAGAAUUAAUGUAAAGUUAAUAUGUAGCUAUAGAUAAUACUUCAGCUCUUAUACUGCCAUCAUUAGUUGCUGUGUGUUACAAGUGCAAACUGUUUAAUACGUCAGCUUAAUUCUUUUAGUUUAUUUAGUUUAUUUGUACUCGCCAUCGACAAACCUGUUAUUUUGUGAUUUGUAUUUGGAAAUAUUGAUUUUGUCAUAUUAAUUAGUGUAAUCAGUAGGAGAUUAAUAGUAAGAUACAUACUUUGUGUUUAGACUUCAUGUUGGUGUAUACGUUGAAUUUGAAUUUGUACUGGAUUAUUCAAAAUAAAAUAUUUUAAUCUAA